CGUCCGGGUCGCCUGACGCUUCUCUCCGGACCGCAGCGUCCAGACCGCAGAUCUGUUUGUGACCGCCAGCUGACAGGAAACAUGUCAGAGAACUCGAGUGAUGCCCAGUCGUCCUUUGGCUGGACGAUCCUCAGUAAUGAGGGUUCAGAUAUUGAGACCCUGGGAUUGGAGAAUGCAUUGGAAUACAGGACUGAUACUUCGGAGAGUCCUCCAGAUGUGGUGGCAGAGCUUCAGGACCCCGCUGGUGUCUCUGGUGGAAAUCAAACGCUCCCCCACGCUCCUACUGAGAUCUGUGAAGAAAGGGGCACUUCACCUGAUGAUACCCUGAGAGAAGAAACCUUAGAAGAGAAAUGUUCAGACUCUGAGGCUGGAGAAGGUGCUGCCGGGAAGGGGCCUGUGACCCUGGGCUCCUCCAGCGAUGACUCCGACAUUGUGAUUUUAGGAGACUUGAAGAAGGAUGAGCACGUGUCUGCCAACGGAGAUGAGGUGGCGGCGGCGGCUGCCGAUGAGGAGUUCUACCUCGGAACCUCCUCCAGCAGCCAGUACACCUUCACCGCCAUGGAGACUGUGUUCCCGGUGCAGCAGAGCGUGCUGACAAACUCCCGCAGCAGUGAGGAUGAGCUGGCGGGGACCUCCGGUACCGCGGUGCAGAGAAGAAGGGUGAGGAAGAACACCCUCUGCAACGUGGCAGAGCCUGAAGAGGAGGUGUUGGACUCUCCCCACACUGAGGAGGUGUUGGAAGUCACAGGGGCACAGCAGGUGGAGCAGGCACUGCCCAUGGUCCCUCCCACACUGCAUGGCCACUUCAGCCUGACCCUCAACGGACACAUCCUCCUGGCUCUGGUCAUAGCCAUUUGCAUGGGCAUUGGUCACUUCUAUGGUACAGUCCAGAGUCAAGAGAGACCGAACAUUUUGGCGAAAAACCAAGUAAAUGAGAUCGGUGCUACUCUGAGAGACCAGCUCUUCUCCAGCCAGGAGGUGGAGGAGAUUCUUGGAGGCGAUUUGGAUGAGGGUGACAUGGUGCAGACUCUGACAGAGAGGGACGACCUGGUCAUGAAGAUGAAACGCAUGGCAGAGGACAAGACAGAUAUUCAGUCUGAGCAACAGAAGCUAAAUGUUGAAAACCAGAAGACCCCGUUGAGUUUGCAGGAGGAGCUGAGGAGUCUGUGCACAAAGAUCGGAGACCUCGAGGACAGGGGAGCCAGUGCUGACUCCUUACUGUCAGAAUACCAAAGGCUGAAAGAGCAGCUGGAGGAGGAGAGGAAGCUCAUCCGCAGCUUCCUAAACCAGCGGGAAGUAUCGACGGCUGAAGCCAAGACGCUGAGGAAGGACCUCGACAAGGAAAGGAAGAUUAUGGAGCAGCUGAGGAAGGAGAUGGAACAGCUGAGCCGUGAAAGUGCUGACGCAGAAGGAGAAGCCAAUUCUGAGACCGAGAAGCUACAGUCUCGCUUGCUGGAACUGGAGAAGAAACUGAUCUUUGAGCAACAGCGCUCGGACCUGUGGGAAAAACUGUACGUGGAAACCAAAAAUCAGGCCAAGGGAGACACUCAGCCAAAAGUUAAAAAAAGUAAAGAAGGCAUGAGCGGGAAGGUGAAAGAGAAAUUCGACGCUGUGAAGAACUCUGCCAAGAAGGCCGUCAAAGAAAACCUGAGGAAAUUCUCCGAUUCUGUCAAAUCGACUUUCCGUCACUUCAAGGACUUUCUCUUCACUAAGAGCAAGUGAAAUUAAAUGCAAUUUCUUUAACCAUUGAACACAUCAACAAUCAAUAAUCGAUUAACCAUUAAUAAUUAAUAAGAUACAAAACGCAGGUCUUUUUCUCUUAUUUGAACAGUUCUAGCGGCACAUUAGCUACGUGAAGCAUUAGUUCAUGAAGCACAAACAAUAUUAAAAUAAUAAGGCCCUCGUUCGAAAUGGCUGCUCUUAUCCGCCUGUCCUUAUUCAUCAAAUGGCACUGCCAUAAAACAAUGUCAAACGGGCACAUUUCUAGACCAAUAUGGCAGACCAGAG